GGGUAACUUAUUAACUAGAAAAGAAGAUGGCUGCGAUAAGUGAAUCGAGUUCCACUGAAUCGCUGAUUUCUAGUGUUCAGGAGUCAGUAGAUCGUAUAAAAUCUUUAUAUCCAGCAGUUAAUGAAGAAGAGACACCACUGCCUAAAUGUUGGAGCCAAAAAGACAAAUUUACUUGCAUCGGAUUAUCUCAAAAUAACCUUCGGGUUCACUACAAAGGGAUAGGAAAAGCUGCCAAAGAUGCUGCCAGUGUGAGAGCAACACAUCCAAUACCUGCAUCAUGUGGGAUAUAUUAUUUUGAAAUCAAGAUCAUCAGUAAAGGCAGGGAUGGGUACAUGGGAAUUGGAUUAUCAGCUCAGGGUGUUAAUAUGAACAGACUUCCAGGCUGGGAUAAGAAUUCAUUUGGUUACCAUGGUGACGAUGGUCAUUCCUUCUGCUCGUCAGGUUCCGGUCAGCCGUAUGGUCCAACAUUUACUACAGGAGAUGUGAUUGGUUGUUGUGUUAACAUGAUCGAUCACACAUGUUUCUAUACUAAAAAUGGAAUUAAUUUAGGAGUAGCAUUUACAGAUCUACCUAUAAAUACACUGUCACUAUACCCUACAGUAGGACUGCAGACACCAGGAGAGGUUGUUGAAGCAAACUUUGGACAAUUACCAUUUAUAUUUGACAUAGAAGAUUAUAUGAAGGAAUGGCACAUGAAGACAAAACUGACAAUAGAAAGAUUCCCAGUCAAUGACAAAAAGGGGGAAUGGCAGACAGCAUUACAAAGAAUUGUUUCAACAUAUCUAGUGCAUUAUGGGUAUUGUGCUACAGCUGAAGCAUUUUCGAAAUCUACAGGACAGUCGUUUGACGAAGAUCUUGCCUCAGUUAAAAACAGACAAAGAAUACAGAAGUUAGUGCUAGCAGGAAGAAUGGGAGAAGCUAUAGAGACAGCACAAGAAUUAUAUCCUGGAUUAUUAGAACACAAUCUUAAUUUAUUAUUUAUGUUAAAAUGUAGACAAUUUAUUGAAAUGGUGAACGGGACGGACAGUGAAGUACGUGGCCCUGCCAUAAGGAGCCCAAAAUCACAAGGAAGUAAUCGGUCAAGUCCAAAUAUGAGUCCGGUACAUCACAGUUUGAAUUCAGCCAGAAACACUCCAGUUGGAUCUCGGGGCAGUAGUCCCAGUAGACCCAUUGGGGUCAAAGGUUACUGUUCAGGGUCAACAAGUCAAAGUUCACAAAUAAAUAAUCAGAACAGUAAUUGUGAUCUCAAACCAAUAAAUGAGGAAGAAAUGAAUGCAGCAAACAUAGCCAUGAAUGGCAAAGACAUACCGGUGAUUGAAAGUGACGAUGUAGAUAUGUGUGACAAUGUAAUAGACGAUGGUAAACAUGUGACUAACGGUACCUCCCUCUGUGUUAACGGAUUUAGUAAAAAUGGUGACGUUUGUAAUAAUUCAGAAGAAAUGGAUAUAGAUAAUCACUCAGGGAAACGACAUCUAUGUGGUGGCAGUCAGGGAGCUAUAGAAAAGAUGUUGGUUUUCGGUAGGGAACUUAAAGCCAUGCACAACCAACUAAAGGCACAAUAUGGACAUAAUGAUCCUAAUGAAAAAAUGUUACAAGAUGCUUUUAGUUUAGUAGCUUAUUCUGAUCCAUGGAGUAGUCCUAUGGGAUACCAGUUAGAUCCAGUGCAAAGAGAAAAAGUUUGUGCUUCCCUCAAUAGUUCUAUAUUAGAAUCCUAUGGUUUGCCUAAACAGCCUCCAUUAGAAUUAGUGAUCGCUCAAUCAACAGAAUGCAUGAAACUGAUGUCAAAGGCAGCAAUCGGGUCAUGUGCAUUCGCCAGUGUGGCAGACUACCUACGUUGACCAACAGAGUGCCUUUAACGAAAAUUGUGAUAAAUUUAGGCCAAAAUCUCUACUACCUACAGUGGAUUCAGUAAAAACAUUAUGUUAACCCAGUUUGAAGUAUUGUUUGACAGUAAUGAUAUGUGUAAAUUAAUGCUAUAUAAAAUCUUAGAAAAACUUGUAACGCUUGCUUGAGAUACAUUGUACAAAGAGAGCAAUAGAAUUGGUUGAUAAAAGAAACCUGGUUCUUUAUUACAUGAACUGGAACAGUCCAUGUGUAUGUAGUAUUGAUUUUGUCCUGUACAAACCAACAACAUUAAACACCAAAGCUUCAAAUAUGCAGGCAGAACAUUUAUAAAGUUGUGAUAUAGAGUGAAAGUUUUAUCAUUCAGCCUCAUUUUUCACUUAGUCAUACUUUAGAAGCAUUGUCAGUCUUAGAAGAUAUCUGACUAUAACAGAUUUUAGCAUUCCUUUAAGGAUUUUAUCAAGUUUAAACCACCAACCAUAUUUAUAUUCUAUUAACCCAUGCAACUUGUUAUGUGCCAAUUUAAUUUGAUUCAUAAUUUCAUUCAUUUGAAAAUAUCCUUUAUGAUCUUGUCAGCUAUCAAAUGUAUCUUCAUUUUUGUAGAAUAUUUGAUAGAAAAUGUUGAUAUGGGAAUAAAAAAAGCAUUUACAUGUUGAAAUACAUGUGUUGCAUUCAAAAUUAUAAAGAAAUCUAUGAAAUCUUCUUUUAUGAAAUUUUGUUCCUGUUUAGUUAAAUAAAUGCUAUGGUUUCUUAUACUAUUAUUUACAGUUGAAUUAUUAAUGCUAUACUGGUGAAAGGUAUUGGAAAAGGCAUGUUCUGUAGAUUAUUAUUCAAAGUGCCAAUUUAGCGUUGAUAUUUACACCAUAUCAUGUGACCUUACUAUGCGUAUAGUCAUGUUUCAGUCUUAUUAAUGAUGAUUUAUACAACGUGAGAAUGAUUUUAUGUAACUUGUUGCAAUUAUCACAAAUGCUGCAUAAAAGUCUUGUGAAAAUCAACUGAGAAUAUAUGAAAGUGUAUAGAUGUUACAUACAUUCUCAAUUUACACCAUUGACGAAGAAUGAUUGGGUUAUACCCCUUGGUAUUAUAAAUGCAAAUAAUAUAUGAUGAGAAAACAGUUGUUGCCCAUGUGGUCAUCAUGUUGUAUAUGUUGACUUUGUUGAUGAAGUGAAAUAUUUUAUAUUAUUAUUUAUGAAAAAAUACAAAUAUUUGGACAUUUUUAAUAUAUAAUGUCUAAAGAAUUGUGUGAUAUACAAAAAAAUAAAUAAAUAGAUCGAUAA